ACGCAUGCGCGUUACAGCCGAUGCUCUGAUGUGCUUCUGCUGAUGUAGGUCAGAUGUAGCCUGAAUGAGUCCAGAAGCAGCUUCACACGAGCCCGUGGAUGUAGCACAACCGAGCCGGAGCAGACCGGACUCCUUCAGGAUCCUUUGUCUGUGAGGAAUAACGACGCGCUGCUCGAUGGAGCGUCCCGGUGUUUGAUGAUGAACCGGAGCGGGGCGGAGAGCGCGAGGGCUGCGGCCGAGCGAGAUUUUGUUGUGGAUGGAGAGAUAAAUGAAUGCGGAUCUACUAGUUACAUUACAGAUUGUCUAAAUGAAGACACUGACAAAGUUCCUCUUCAAACGCACCCGCUGAGAGAAUUUGAGCAGCACCUCAAUGACCUGAAGAAGGAGAACUUCAGCCUCAAGCUGCGCAUCUACUUCCUGGAGGAGCGGAUCCAGCAGAAGUUUGAGGACAGCAGCGAUGAGAUCUACAGGACGAACAUCGAGCUGAAGGUGGAGGUGGAGAGUCUGAAACAGGAGCUUCAGGAAAAACAGCAACUGCUGGAUAAAGCGCUGACAGCAGCAGAGAGUCUGACCAAUCACAAUGAAGCAGAACUGCAGCGCCGGUGUGAAGAGAGACAACAAGAGAUCGAUCACAUGCAGCAGGUGCUGGAGACCAAGAUACAGAUACUGCAGGAGGAGGCUCAGUUAGCGCUGGACAAGGCAGAGCUGAGAGUCAACACGACUGAAUCUCACUUGCAAGAUCCCUCUGUCACCAUGGAAACGGUCCUCAAGGAGACAUCAGGUGACACGAGCACAUGGCCUGAUGAAGAUGCAGACAGAAAGAAGAUUGAGCAGCUGAGCGUGGCGCUGUGCCUUAAGGAGCAAGUGAUCAGAGAGCUGACAGAGGAGAGGACAGACCUGAGACAGAGAGUGAGACACAUGGAGGAGCAGCUGGAGCAGCUGUCUGUGUCUCUGCUGCAGAGAGAGAGAGACGCGCAGUUUUAUCAGGAGGAGUUGGGCCACGAGAGGCUCCGUGUGCAGCAAGAGAUGCAGGUAUGUGUUUCUCUGGUGCUCUUACAGUCAGUGAUGAAUGAUGAGGUGAAGAGAGACUCUAAUAAGAGUGUGAAGUAGUUUGUUGAUCAGAUU